AUGGCUUCCUCACUCCAGCAAACACUGAUUCCUCACCGCCCGAAGCUCAGUCUCUCGCUUUUGGCAAGCGGACGAAGUACCUUCCCUUUCAGUGUCCAAUUCCCUCGCCGAGGCGGCGAGUUGAGACUGAGAAUGUCCUCGUCGGUCUCCGGAAUCUACGCGACGGCGUUGGCCGACGCGGCGAAGGCGAACGACACUCUGGAAUCGACCUGCGACGACGUGGAGAAGCUGGAGAAGAUGUUUUUAGACCCGAAUAUACUGAAACUGUUCGUGAACCCGACGGUGGAGCUUUGGAAGAAGCGAGAGGUGAUCGAUCUGAUCGCGGAGUCCUUAUCGCUGCUUCCCUACACGGCGAACUUCUUGAAUGUGCUGAUCGACUCGAAUCGGAUUGAUCUAGUCAACGAGAUCAUCAAGGAGUUCGAAUUGGUGUACAACAAGGUGACGCAGACGGAGCUCGCGGUUGUGAAGUCGGUGGUGAAGCUUGAUUCCCAGCAUCUAGCUCAGAUCGCGAAGCACUUGCAGAAACUCACCGGCGCUAAGAACGUCAGAAUCAGAACCGUGAUUGACCCGAGCUUGAUCGCCGGAUUCACAAUCCGGUUCGGUAGUUCAGGCUCUAAGCUUAUCGAUAUGAGCGUGAAGAAGCAGCUCGAGGAUAUCACCGCUCAUCAGCUACAACUCUCGGGUUAA